AUGUCCGUCCGCCGUACGUCGUUCAACACAGCACGUGUGGUGACAGCGUUUACUCUUUCCCGCAGAGCCCCAUCGGGCGGACUGCCACAUGAUUCAGAUGCUCGACCGGCAGACCUCAAGGUUGAAUCGGCGCGUGGGGUGUGGAGGGGAGACCGCCGUGCUGGAAACAUCUGUGGCAACCAGGGCAGGGCGAGGUCCGAUCUUCACGGGCCACGCACAUCUCCCGCCCGAGAUGGUGUCGAUAAGCGCCCAAUCAAGACGGAGAGAACACGCAAGUCGUCGCAAACGGGCCAGUUGAGCUUCCCUCGCCAAGAACCUCUGGACCGUUACCCCUCCAAACCUAAGUUCCGAGCCACACCAGUCUCCGCGGCUCAUGCCCAACAGCCCAAAAAGCAUGUUGGGUGA